AUGGAAACUAAAAUUUCCACAGAAAUAUUAAAUAUAAUUUUAAAAAAUGUUCAAUCAUCUCUUUCAACUCAAGAUUUAUAUUCAUCAUUAUUAGUUAAUCGAUUUUGGUGUGAAGCUACGGCACCUAUACUUUGGGAAAUUCCUUUGGGUCAAGAAUUUAAUUGGGAGAAUUUGAGGAGGAAAGCAUUAUGUAUUCGAACUUAUAUAUCAUGUAUGGAUAAUCAAGAUAGAACUUUACUUACUCAAAAUGAUCAAGAUGAUUAUAUCAUCCCCAAAUCGAGAAUAUUAUUUCUUGAAUUAGUAAUAAAUAGGUGCACAUUUUUAGACAAAUUUAAAUUAGUUGAAGUUCCCGAUAUUUUUAUUGAAAAAUUUCACAAUUAUAAUGAUUUAAUUGGUAAAAUUCUCGAUUUACCUGAUGCCCCUAAAGUAUUGAAGAAAUUAGAAAGUUUCACUUCGACAAUAAGAAAUUAUGAAAAUUUUGAUGAUCAGAUUUGUCAAUUAUAUGAAUUAUUAAAAUUAAUUUGUGAUAAUAUUUUAAAUAUGGAUUUAUUUUUAGUAUCAGAUCUUCAAGAACAAUUUUUGGUAGAACUUAUUAGUUUUCAAAAGCUUUUAGAAAAUCUAUCAAUUGUUAAACACUGA